AUGGAGUCGCAAAUCGCCCAGCUGCUCGCUCAGAUGACGAACAUGACUGCCGACAUCGGCCACGUGAAAGCUGCAGUCGGAGGUACUGCUGAGAUCAAAGCGACGCUGCAGGCCCACGACGCCAAGUUCGUCGAGAUGCAGCAGCAGAUCGACGAAGCCAACAAGAACGCGAUGGCUGCCCUCGACAAGGCGCAGCACACUGGCCUUGACCAGCAGCUGGAGGCUCGUUUUCUCCAGCUCGAAUCUUCGACAGCCAGGAUGCAAUCCUCGUCCGCCUCCGUGAACUCCGACAGAAGCAAGCGGAACCGCAUCGGCACGGGCCCUACAGGUUCUACGGGUGCCAGCACUGACGGCUUCCACCUCGGAAGAGCUGACGCUGACUGUGAUCGUACUAAGGUUUGGAUCGGUGGAUUCACGCGCAAGAUGCUCGCCGCCUCCAUGUCGCAGUUCGCCAGAUCCAUCCUGACCAACCUUCCCACACACGAGCGCAACCUUGUGCAGAUCAAAGCUUACAACCUGAACAAGAGCUUCUCGCUUAAAUUCAGCUCAGUCGAACAGGCCAGCGAGUUUGUCCAGCGCUCGCGUGACAACCCGGAGAUGCUGACGUACGCCGAUCCCGUCACGAUCGAGAAGCUGUGUCUUCGUGCGCGAGUUGAUGCGCCUCAUGAUGUACGAUCGCGCAACAAGAUCCUUGGAUCGCUGUGGCAAUCCACCAUCACUUUCAUGAAAGGCAAGGGCUCGUGGAAAGGCAAGAUGAAGCUCGGGUCCAACGGGUUCCGCGGCAUCCUCUUCCUCAUCGACGGUGAAGCUGUGCAAGGCCUGUACGUCGUCAGCGAGGAUGCCUCCGACAACGUGGUCAUCGUCCCCGACGCGGCUGCGCUCAAGAAGGUCGGGUUCGCUGAGGCCGGCGUGACGACCGCCACCGACAUCGCCAAGGCUAUCAAGCGCUAG